CCAGGAUUGACCAUCUAUUUCCUAACAACUGCGACCAUCGUCUCGUCCUGUCUCUGGACGAGAGCUUUGCGUUUGUACGAGUAAACAUUGGUACCCUCGAAUUUUGUUCUCGAUGUAGUUGCCAUAGGUUGCCAGCAAACUCGCACGAGGUUUGGCCGGACAUAUAUCAAUGGCGCGAACUUAUGGAUCAGUAGGCUUAUUCCAACAACUACCUUCGUCCAUUCUUCACCCUCAUAUUCAUCAUGAGCGAGCUCACCGCCGAUAUCACUACCACGAAGAAUGGUUUUACUGUCGUUGGCAACGAGGAGAUCAACUACGGGUUUCAAUUCGUUGACAACAUCUUCGAUUCUAAGCACGACCAUCUCGCGAAGAUAUACAAGCCAUGGAAGCGGGUAUUGCUCGUCACGGAUACCAACGUCAACGAGCUUUACUCAAAGCAAUGGUCCGCCUACUUUGCCCACCAUGGUAUCCCUCUGACCACGUUUAUUAUGAACGGUGGUGAGAAGAACAAGACCAUGAACACCAUGCUGUCCAUCGUCGAUGCGAUGAACGCUUUUGGUCUGAUUCGUAAGGAGCCUGUUCUCGUGGUCGGUGGAGGUCUUUGUACCGAUGUCACUGGCUACGCCUGCGCCUCCUACCGGCGCACCACGAACUUCAUCCGCAUUCCCACCACCUUGAUAGGUUUAAUUGAUGCCUCGGUUUCGAUCAAGGUUGGUAUAAACCAUGGUGCUCUGAAGAACCGCUUGGGAGCAUAUCAUGCGCCAUUGGUAACUUUCCUUGACUUCGACAUGCUCAAGACCUUGCCUGAGGGCCAGGUCCGCAAUGGCUUCGCUGAGUUGAUGAAGAUUACUUCCUGCGCUGAUGCGCGUUCGUGGAAGUUGCUUGUCGACAACGGUCCUGCCUUGAUUAAGACUCGCUUUGGUCGUGCUGAUGGUAGCGACCCCGAGCUCAAGAAGAUAGCCGACGAGAUCACCUCCCGAGGUAUCAAGGUCAUGCUCGACCUUGAGACUCCCAACCUUCACGAGAUUCGCCUGGACAGAGUCAUCGCAUUCGGUCACAGCUGGUCACCGACGUUGGAGCUCGCUCCCGUCAUCCCUCUUCGUCACGGCCAUGCCAUCAACAUCGACAUGGCGUACUUCGUUACUUUCGGAUGGACUCGUGGAUAUCUCACGAAGACGGAGCGCGACGAGUACCACCGUCUCUCACACUCCGUCGGGUUGUCCAUGGAUCACGAGCUUUUCACUCGCGACAUGAUUGUACAGGCCACUGAGGCUAUCAUGAAAACUCGCGAUGGGGCGCAACGGUUUGCUAUCCCAAGGCCUUAUGGAUCAUGCGUGUUCGUCAAUGAUGCUUCUUACGAAGAGCUUUACCAUGCCCUCGACGUCCACAAGGCCCUCAUCAAGGAGAAAUACGGCAGCGGUGACGGAAUCGAGGCGUUCGUCGACUACGGCGACCUCGGCAUGGACCCUGCUCUUCUCAAGCAGGACGUGGCGAAGGCGAACGGCACGACCUCCAACGGACUGAAUGGUACCAAUGGUCACACCACUGGCACCCCAAUCGCUGGGCCCCCCGUCGACAUCGACAUUCCUGCCCUUCCCAAGGUCGCGCCUGUUUCUGUGUGAUUGUUUGUUCCUCAGGAUGAUGAGUUCGCGGUGAAGAGACCCUCAUACAGGCAUAUACGUUACUGUAUUGUGAUGUACGAUAGUGUAGAUGAUUUCCGAUGUUGGCAGAUUUAUC